AGGCGGGUCUACAGAACAACAACACACGUACCACAGGAACUGGGACAGAUCAUGGAUUCAGAAACGUUUGAGAAAUCUCGUCUCUAUCAGCUGGACAAAAGUACUUUCAGCUUUUGGUCAGGCCUCUACUCAGAGGUUGAGGGCACUAUGAUUCUCCUCUGUGGAGGAAUUCCUUUUCUCUGGAAUCUGUCUGGCCAGAUCUCUGGUGGUGCUGGGUUUGGACCAGAAUAUGAGAUUGUUCAGUCAUUGGUAUUUCUGCUCCUUGCAACACUCUUCAGUGCAGUGACUGGUCUCCCAUGGAGUUUGUAUAACACAUUUGUCAUAGAAGAAAAACAUGGCUUCAAUCAACAGACACUGGGAUUUUUUUUUAAGGAUGCUAUCAAGAAGUUUGUCGUGACUCAAUGUAUUCUGUUGCCAGUGACAUCCCUUCUGCUUUACAUUAUUAAAAUAGGGGGAGACUAUUUCUUCAUCUAUGCCUGGCUCUUCACGUUAGUUGUUUCCUUGGUGCUCGUUACAAUCUAUGCAGACUAUAUUGCACCCUUGUUUGAUAAAUUCAUUCCACUUCCUGAGGGAGAGCUCAAGCAACAAAUUGAAACAAUGGCAAAGAGCAUUGACUUCCCCCUGACAAAGGUGUAUGUUGUAGAAGGUUCUAAGCGUUCUUCUCAUAGCAAUGCUUAUUUCUAUGGCUUCUUCAAGAAUAAGCGGAUAGUACUCUUCGACACCCUCCUGGAAGAGUAUUCUGCAUUGAACAAAGAGCCAGCAGAAGGAGAAGAUGGUGAGAAUGAAGAUACCAAGUCUAAAACCAAAAAUAAGAAGCAAGGAUGUAAAAAUGAAGAAGUUCUGGCUGUACUUGGUCAUGAAUUGGGUCACUGGAAACUAGGUCACACCAUCAAAAAUAUUAUCAUCAGCCAGAUGAAUUCCUUCCUCUGCUUCUUCUUGUUUGCUGUGUUAAUUGGUCGAAAAGAACUCUUUGCUGCAUUUGGUUUCUAUGACACCCAGCCUACCCUGAUAGGCUUGAUGAUUAUUUUCCAGUUCAUUUUUUCACCUUACAAUGAGGUUCUCUCAUUCUGUUUGACUGUGCUAAGCCGUCGAUUUGAGUUUCAAGCAGAUGCAUUUGCCAAGGAACUUGGGAAGGCUAAAGACCUAUAUUCUGCUUUGAUCAAGCUAAACAAAGAUAAUUUAGGAUUCCCUGUUUCUGACUGGAUCUUUUCAAUGUGGCAUUACUCCCAUCCACCCCUUUUAGAAAGACUUCAGGCCUUGAAAGUUGCAAAGCAAGAGUGACAGGAAUCUUU